AUGAAGGUGUGGAAAUAUUUACCUCUGCAAGGUCGAAAAGGUGAUGGAGAAGGAGAUCGACGACUUGGACUUGGAAAUGAAGAAAGUCGACGGUUAGGAAUUCAAGCUCUAGUAGAUGGACAGGAGUUUCAAGUUUCAAAUACGAAAGUAUUGAAGACAGUAUAUACUCCAGGACACUGCAAUGAUCAUGUUUGUUUUGUGUUACAUCAUGUGAAAGGUAUAGAAGCUACGGUGCUAUUCUCUGGAGAUUGUGUCUUGGGCUAUGGUAGCUGCAUGUUCGACUCGCUCACUGACCUCAUGGCAUCGCUGAAAAAAUUGAGCACUUGCGGUGCUGAUACCAUCUACCCAGGCCAUGGUCCGGCGGUAAGUAAUGGACGGAUGAAGAUUCUUGAAUAUAUUGCACACCGCCAGCAGCGUGAAGACGAGAUACUGGAUGUGUUGAAGAAGUACGGCGAUUGUAUAAAAGGACUGUCAUCAUCAGAUAUCGUGGAUAGAAUUUAUGAACCACUUCCAUACCUGCUGCGGCUAUCUGCAACAAAAGCAGUUGAAAAGCAUCUGCAAAAACUGUUUGCAGAAGUCCGAGUUCGGCAAGUUCGUCGAGCUGGAUGGUUCCAGACUGCCACGUACAGCUUGAGCAACGACGUCCGUGACAAUCUUGCAUCGUAA